CGUAGACGAUAACAAUUUAGGGGAGGAGACUACAGUCUGUAACGUUACUGGAGGUAUAUUUUAAUUCCCGGAGAAAUGCAACUUUGAAAUUUGCCUUUCGAACUUCAAGCUUUGCAUUGUUCUCGGAAAGUUGUGUUCCUGUUGCAAAUUCCUUGAACUUUGGCAACUUGGCCCCGCCUCUUUGCGGUUGGCCCAGAUUAAGACCCAGUUGGCCCUGCACCAGCUCAACACAAUCACCACCGGUAACCACGGCGCAACAGCUUUGUCCUUGCUGAACUUGCUCAAGGUCACGAUGUCCCAUCCCUUGUACAACCCACGGGGGGAACCCUUCUCCAACCAGAGGCCUGUCAUGUCCAACCAGUUCGGCUUGAAUGCACAGCCAGUUCUUGACAUGACGGGUGCGCGCUUAGGUCCUGCGGCAGGGAUGAUGUCUCCAAUGAUGCCCCAGCAGAUGGGCUACCAGAUGGCCCAGCACCCCACGGGCCUGCCUCAGGACAUGGAGUCCACCAUAGACAUGUACAUCUGUGGAGCUCGGGAGGAGGUUCGGCUGCUCAACCAGAUGAUGCACCAGCAGAAGAUGGUGGACCCUUGCCUGAGAAAAGAGCCCAGGGAAGAGGUGCUGUCUCAGGGGAACAGCUUCCCCUUGCAGAGGGCCCCUGGCAGACCGGAGGAGCAAUCCACGGUGGACUGGUCAAACUACCAGAACCCGAACAAGCUCUUUGCCUCGCAAGCGAUGGCCCAGCCAUCCCCUCCAGCCCAGAUGUUCCAACCCUCUGGGUUUGGGACCCCUUCUGGGGGAGGCAGAGGAAGUGCUGAGAGCCAGCCUCCUCCAGCGUCCAUUCCUGCCGAGCGCCGGCAGUCCCAUUACACCUCGGAGAACGCCUGCAGUAUCCUGGCAAGUUUUGGACUUACAAACGAGGACCUUCAACUCCUCAGUCACUACCCCGAUGAGCAGCUCACCCCUGACAACCUGCCCUUCAUUUUGCGAGAUAUCCGAGUCAGAAAGGCCAAGAGGAACCUGCCGGACGUUGACCACCGUCUCCCAUCCCCCGGCACGCAGGAUCGCCUCGGGGGCGAGCCGCGGCCCAGCAAAGUAAUUGACUAUGGACACUCAAGCAAAUUUGGCUACUCUGAGAAGAGCCAGGACAGUUUCAAGCAUGAACAGCGGACCACAGACCCUCAGAAAUAUGUGAGGGAUGCACCCGUUGCAGUCUCCACUUUCCCCUCCGUAGACUCCAAACGGCAGAGCUCUGGACCUGUUGCUAAAAAACCACUGAUUGACCAGUGCAAGAAUCCGCCCAGCAUGGAGGACAAGACCGGCAAGAGUGCGCCAACCAGAGACUCCCUACCGGCACCCAACAGACCCACGGCGGGGCCUCCACCGCCCACCCACGGCAUCAGAGCCAACCUGGUGAACCUCACCGAGGGCAGCAGCGCUCUGAAGCCCGGGUUUGUGGUCACGAAGCCAGCCUGGUCUUCCUCGUUCCCUCCAAGCAACGCUGGGACCUCGAAGAGACUGCCCACACCUACCAUGAUGAAUGAUUACUCCGCUGCAUCCCCAAGAAUCUUUCCCCAUACGUGUUCUCUCUGUAACGUAGAAUGUGUCCAGAUAAAGGACUGGAUCGAGCACCAGAACACCAGCAUUCACAUCGAGAGCUGCCGACGCCUGCGAAAGCAAUUUCCUGACUGGAACGUGGAGACUGUUGCAGUUUCCAGGACCGAGAGGAAGCCGCCCCCGGAGCACCGCCCCCCGAAGCGACGAACUCGCUCCUCAUCCAGAUCCCGGUCGUGGUCCCGCUCGCCCAGCCCCUGGCGUUACCAUGGCCGCUCGGAUUCGCGGGGUCGUAGGCCGCGCUCCCGGAGCCCCCGGUGGAACCACCGGUCCCGGAGCCGGUCCCGUUCACCCUGCCAUGUGGCACGCAACCCACCGCCCCGGCUGUCCCGCUCGCGCUCCCGCAGCUUCACCCGCCUCUCCCCGCCCCGCGCCACCCGGUGGCUGAACCCCCGACACGCCAGCCCUCGCCGGCAGCAGCGGUCCUCCAGCAGCGAGAGGCUUGCCAAAAUGCUGAUCGAGUCGUCAGGACUGGCUGUGACUCACAACACCGCUCUGGAGGCCAUGGUGAAGUCCCUGGCGCCCGCUCUCAUGGCGGAGCUGGCCAAGAAAAAGAGCGGCUCCUCCUCUGCCUCCACCAAGAGCGCGGACAAGAAGAAGACCUCCCCACCCACCUCUGGAAAAACAGUCCCCUCAAAGACCGGCACCUUCAAGGCUACAGUGUGCAUGGAGAGGGAAGAGGAUGCCAAAACCCUGGCUGAGUGCAGGAACCUGACGAUACGAGGCAGAACCAUUAGCAUCUGUGUGGAGAAAGAUGCAAGAGAUCACAAGGUGAAGCCUCUUGUAGGAAAAAAGAAGAAGGUGCCUUCGGCCAAGCUGCCCGCGAGCAUGAAGGCAAAGGCGCCUGCCAAGAAAACAGAUGGCAACGCUGUGCAGAAGGUGGUAAAGAAGGAUUUGCCCAAGAAGUGUGUCGUCCAGAUUUUGGGUCUACCAGAGAGCGGCUACAUGGAGGAGGACCUCAAAAAACUGGCCACACCCUUUGGCUUCUCCUCUGGCCUCCUCAUCGCCGUCCAGCAGAAACAGGCGUUUGUGGAGCUGCCCGACCUGGAUUCUGCAGAGGCCAUGUUGAAGACCUACAAGGAAAGCCCGCCCAAAAUCCAGGACUGUCAGCUGAGCUUCGAGCACAUGACCCGGCCCAUAGAUUUCAGCAAUCCGGAGUCAUUGUUCAGAAUGUUGAUGGAAAUUGAGAAGCCCACGACUAAGAGUUCAGAGAGGGCAAGAAACAAGGCAGUUGUGAAGGAAGCUGCUAACCUUGGGGACCACCUCCUGACGGUCAACAACGUUCCCAUGGGGAUCAGCCCAACCACCGAGGUCAAGGAGCUAAUCAAACGCUUUGGGAGCUUCAAGCAGGCCCUGGUGCUAAAUCACAGGAUCAUUUUGGAAAUGGAUACUCCAGCCAUUGCCAAGGCAGUCUUCAAUCGUUUCCAGAAGUUUCCUUGCAUUGUCCAGAACAACCCCCUCACCUUUUCUGUGAUCAAUAAGCCUGUGAAGGCCGCAGAAGAGGUCAAGAAGAAACCUGAAGUUAAAAGCGGCAGACCUGCCCCUAAGCCUGGUGAUGCAGCUAAGAAGGGCUUAGCGGCCCCCAAAACCAUGGCCGCCGGCUUUAAAGGUGCACCUGCUGGCCUCAAAACCGCAGCUGCUGCAGGCAAAGCAAAAAUGUCCAAGGCUCCCGCAACCACGUCCAACCUCGCGGCCACGAAGGCCGGGAAUCCUGCUGCAGCCAACGCUGCUGCCAUGGGCAAAACCGUUCAACCAGCUCCUACAGCGACCCCUGCUGUCACCCCCAUUGCCACAGCUGCUAAGGAACCUCCCGCCAAACCGAACUCCCCACCAACAGAGGGUGCGCCAACACCUGCCGAAAGCCAGACAGUGGAGACCACAGACAAUCAGAAAUGCCAGUCGGGUGCCCCCGCUGGAGAUCAGGGUACAGCUGAAGCCCCCCUUGUGGAGACCAAAGAGGACCAGGAGGUGAGCCAUGAGGCCUUACCGAGCAAUACUGCUCCCGCGCCAGUAGAGGGCUCUGUCGCCAACUCGGCUGCGGUCGAGAACUACAGUUCAAGUAGAUCCUCUAAGUCAUCAAGCGACUCCAAAGCUGCAGGUGAAAGAAGGGCUGAGGAACAGGACUUCACCGAAGACAUCUUUCCAUUCGACCUGGACGAGUUCGUCACUGUGGACGAGGUCGGGGAUGACGUGGAGGGUUCCUCUCAGGAGGAAGAGAAAAAGACCUCGGAGCCUCUACAGCACUCCACGCCUGUCCUGGAAUGUUCCAGAAAGCGCAGGAGGACUUGGGCCUCACUGACUGCAAAAAACCAGAAGAAGCCAGCCCCGCCCACUAAAAAAUCACUGAAGAAACAGACAACCCCUGCCAAAGGCAAGCAGGCCAAGAAGGUUCCGUCCAAACCUGUGGGGGCCAAAGACGAGCAGAGGCCCCAGGUAGCUGCAGAGGGGGCCGGUGAGGUGGCAGUGGAGAUGGAGUCUGAAACCCCUAAAACGGAGGUGGAGGUGGAUGAGAAGAUGGAGGAACAGAAGGUGGAGGAGGAAAAGGCCAAAGCCCCUGUUACCUCAGACCCUCAGCACGGUGAGGAUAUGGAGGCUUCCGCUCCAGAAAGUGCAGCUGAAGUGGUGGAAACCAAAACUGUGGACGUGGCGGCAGAGGCCACCACAACCACAGAAACUGUUACCUUGGCCUUGGAAAGCCAACCGGAACACCAAGCUGAGGAGGCAGGCCCCGCAGUGGAGGAGAAGGGCCUGUCGACGGGUGAGACCACUGCUCCCUCCGUCCCUGCAGCCCAAAAAUUCCAAGAGCCACCUGUGGAUCGGAGUCCCUCAGAGCUGUGUCCCGCAGAGGCGGCCCCCACGGAAAGGGCUCCGACGGAGACUGCUUCCAUGGAGACAGCUCCCGUGGAGACUGAUGACCUGGUGCCUACGAAGCAGGAGCAGCCCAAGAAGCCGUUUUCGUUACCACACAUUUGGAUCAUCGGGAGCUCGCUGAUCGCCAGGCUGCAGGCUCAUUUAGGAGCUUUUGGACUGGACCAGAACUUGGGGCUAAAUUGCCAGAUCACCUGGGAUGGCAGAGGGUGCAGAAGGUGGGAGCACUUAAUGCCUCUUCUCCGCUCGAAACGGGCUGCCACCAGUGACGACCCACAUGUGAUGGUGAUUCACCUCGGUGGGAACAGUAUUGGGAUGUAUGGAAAUUCAAGGAUUACUCUGUUGCGACGUAUGAAGGCAGAUAUCAAGGAAAUCAAUUUGCUGUUUCCCAAUACCAAAUUGAUGUUUUCCGACAUCCUCCCUUGCUGGAACUGGCAGGGCCAGACCGCGCCUAGUGGAUAUGGCCUUGAAAGGACCAGGCGAAGGCUAAACGGGGCCAUGUUUGGCUUUAUGUCAGACAUGGGUAUGGGUUGCAUUGUGCAUCGCAACAUUGGCUUAAAUCAUUUAGACAAGGAUGGGACACAUCUAAAUUUAGAGGGUAACCUGCUGCUUCUGGAAAACAUUUGCAGAUCCCUGGCCUUAGAGCUCUGAUGGUCUUAUUGUAACACGCCAAAGGCUCUUUUAAGAGCCACCCACUUAAAAAAAUCUAUUCCUGCAAAAGGCGCGGAAGUUAAUGUAAUUAUAAAGUAGUCUACAGACAAUGAUGUUUUCAGUGUAAACAUUUUUAUUUGUGAUUACUGCCAUCUAGUGGAUUAUGUCCUGAACUGAUACCAUGUUCUUGACCUGAGAACAGAUGAAAAAGUAAAUGUGCCUCAUAACAAUCUGAACUUUCAUGUGCUUGUGAAUAAUUAUACAUUUUACAACUUAAAAAAUAUUAAAAUCAUAAUCAACAAUAUCAAUAUUGAAUAUGGUAAAGAUUGUCACCUAUAUUUCAUGUUCGAAUGAAUGGCAAUAUCGUAAGAACAGUGAGAUUUUGGUGCCUUUUAAUCUAUAUACAGCUAAUGUUUUAGUGAAUGGUAUAAUCACAGAACACAGAUCCAAUUGUGAAAAUUGCUUUUCCUGAAAGGCAAAAAAAACAAAUUAUCGUGCUCUGGAAACAGGGGAAUUAACGAGCACAGUAAAUGAACAUUAAAAAUAAUUUUUAUUUUAUUUAUUUUUAGACAAACUAUAUACAGUUGCAUAUACGCUAUACACUGGAUGGCCCAUAAUACUAAAGUACUAAUUACUACCCAUAUUAAUACUGGCUAUCAUCAUAUAUUCACAGGCUGUUGGGACGACUGACACUGCUGGCUUGAAACAGCCCACUCAGCAGUUCCGGAUACGCAUUGUACCACAAUUAUAUACUAUAAACCUAAGUUUAUGUUGAACACAAUCAUCUAAGAGAGGGCAUUCAUAAAGACUACCUUCUUCAUCUAUGUAUUCAAUUACAAGUAAAUUACCUGUCCUGCUAGUGAC